UCCAUCGAAAUGGCAAGCAUUUCUCUCGUUCUCACAAUUUGCGUCCUGGGUUUCUACGUGCCCGCCCCCUCCCUGGCGUCGCCCUCCCAUGGCAAUGACUUCCUCCGCUGCCUCUCGACGGACGUUCCAGGCCAGCUCGUGCAGACGCCGAGCUCGCCGUCGUUCAAGCAGCUCCUGCUAUCGUCCAUCAGGAACGCCAGGUUCGUGGCGCCGGCCACAGCCAGCCCCCCGAUCUGCAUCGUGACUCCAACCAACGCAUCGCAUGUCCAGGCCGCCGUGCGCUGCGGGCGCCGCCACGGCGUGCGCGUCCGCGUGCGCAGCGGCGGGCACGACUGCGAGGGCCUCUCGUACCGGUCGGGCAGCCCCGGCAGCGAGGCAUUCGCGGUGAUCGACCUCGCCAAGCUCCACGCCGUCCGCGUCAACCCACAAGAGGCCACCGCGUGGGUCGACGCCGGGGCGGGGAUCGGGGAGCUCUACUACCACGUCGCCACGGCUGCUCCUGGGCUGGGCUUCCCGGCUGGCGUGUGCCCGACCAUUGGUGUGGGGGGGCACUUGAGCGGCGGCGGCAUGGGCCUCAUGAUGCGCAAGUACGGUCUCUCCGCCGACAACGUGCUCGACGCCACCAUGGUCGAUGCCCAAGGGAACCUCCUCGCGGACAAGAAGGCCAUGGGGGACGACCUCUUCUGGGCCAUCCGCGGCGGCGGCGGCGGGAACUUCGGCAUCGUGCUGUCAUGGAAGGUGAGGCUCGUGCCGGUCCCGCCGACAGUGACCUUCGUCAAAGUCGCCAGGACCAUGGAACAAGGCGCGGUCGACGCGGUGACUAAAUGGCAAACGCUUGCGCCGGCGCUCCCCGACGACCUCAGCGUACGUGUCGUCGUGCAAAACCGUGAGGCCAACUUCCAGGCCCUGUACCUCGGCAACAGCAGCGCGGUGGUGGCGACGAUGGGGAGCCGGUUCCCAGAGCUCGGGGUGACGAUCGCUGACUGCAAGGAGAUGAGCUGGCUGCAGUACACGGCGUACAUAUUCUUCGGCGAUGCCAUCAACAGCAAGCCACUGGAGGCGCUCCUCCUCAACCGGUCCAUGCCCCUGGGCCGCUUCGUCAAGAACAAGUCCGACUACGUCAAGAAAGCCCUCGCCAAGGAGACGUGGGAGAAGAUCUUCCUCUGGCCCAAUGGUACCGCCACGGGGCAGCUCGUCCUGGAGCCGCACGGCGGAAUAAUGGGCCGCAUUACCGCCGACGACAUCCCGUUCCCGCACCGGAGCGGCAUCCUCUACAACAUCCAGUACGUGGAGUUCUGGAACGGCACAGUGCCCGGAGGCAACGUUACGCCGAAAUGGGUGGGGAGCCUGUACGACUUCAUGGCACCGUUCGUGAGCAAGAACCCGAGGGGUGCGUACGUGAACUACCGGGACCUUGACCUUGGCACGAACAAGGUGGUCGACGGCGUGACGAGUUAUGAAAGUGCCAAGGUGUGGGGCGAGAGCUAUUUUGGCCCGAAAAACUUUAGGAGACUCGUCGCGAUCAAGCGCAAGGUGGACGCUGGCGACUACUUCCAGAGCGAGCAGAGCAUGCCACCACUUCCCCUGAAAAACUAGUGUAGCUGCCCAAAACAAAACAAAUCAUGUUUGACCAAAUGAUUAACGCAACCCGAAGGAAUUCAAAACAAACGAGAUAUGGGGACGAAGGAGGAGGGGAUGACAGCGAGAAUAGCGAAUUUACAUAGUUUUUUUGUAGU